AUGCCGGCCCGCAUCGGGGCUGCAGGCCACUCAAAGCUUUGUUUCGGCCUGGGGCUGUUGGCCACUGUGGCCUUGGUGCCCGGGCUCUGCGCCGGAAGGCCGCUUGCAUUUCUGAGCUCUCUGCCGUCUACACGAGGUACGGACCCGCGCCAUGCGCGGGCCACCUCAGGCCCGGCUCUCCCCGAAACCGGGGCACUGGGAGGGUCGGCGGCUGUGGCUGCCUUGGUGGGCUGCCUGGCGUUGGGCAGGAGGGUGACGCGCGGGAACCUUCUUCAGCGGCGCGCGGAGGAGAAACACCUGGAGCCCUCUGAGAAAACCAUCGAGACGAUGAUGAAGUUCUCCAACCAGUAUGCCAAGGUCACGGGAACGAAGUACUGUGAAGACAAGAGCGUUCCAGCCGUGGUGAUUGUCGGCCUGGCGUUGCACAAGGAGACUCUGGGCGCGCCACUUUGUCCGUGCCGACACUAUGAGGACAAGGAGAAGGAGGUGAAGGAUGGAUACUGGAACUGCCCUUGUGUUCCCAUGCGCGAGAGGCACGAGUGUCAUUGCAUGCUCUUCCUCAAGGACAACAAUCCCUUUGCGUCGGAGUGCUCCACCAUCGACCUUGAGGAGAUCAUGAAACUGAAGGAUGGGUAG